AUGUCAUCGGUAAUAGCAUCAAAUAUUCCAUCAUCAGUAUCAAAUGAUAAAAUUCGAGAAUUUUUUUCAUUUUGUGGUACAGUAAUUCAAUUAGAAUCAAUUCUUAAUAAUGGAGAAUUCAAAAGUGUUAGAGUCGAAUUUGCUAGUCCGAAAGCAGUAGAGACUGCAUUAUUAUUAAAUGAUGCCGAAUUCGGCGGGGAUUAUAUCAAAGUCGAUCUGGAUGAUGCUAUAUCUGCCCCACCCCAACCCCCUCGUCCAACCAGUGAUGCUGCCACUACAGGGGAAACAGAUGCCAAAACUGAGAAAGAAAUUAAUGAUUUACCGCAAGAAGAUAAACCAAAAUUCGCAAUCAUGGCCCAACUUCUUUCAGAAGGAUAUCUUAUCCUGGACCAAAUUAUCGCCAAAGCCCUUGAAUUUGAUAAACAACAUGGAUUUUAUAAUAAAUUUGUUGAUUUUGUUGAUUCAUUAGAUAAGAAAUAUGUUCAUUUGCAUGAUCCUGAAUCUCCUGUUGCGAAGAAUGUAGCAAUGGCACAAGGAAAAGCACAAGAUUUACAACUGGUGUUUGAAACUUCUAGAAUUGGACAAUAUUUGGUGAGUGCUGCUAAUCAUCCUUUAGGAAUUAAGAUUCAUGAUUUUUAUAGGGGGGUGACUAAAGAUGUUUUGGAAGUUCAUGAAGAAGCUAAGAGAUUGGCUGAAUUGAAGAAACAAAGGGCAGGGGAAGAAACGACAAAGACUGCACAGCCAGAAAAGAAGUAA